AUGAAGCUUGGUUCUCUCGCCAGUCCCACUCCGCUGCUCACCUCCUGCUCUGCUGCCUGGUUCCUAACAGGCCAUGGACCAUUACGGAGGGCGGGGACCUUGGCCGAGGCCGAGGCGACACUCCAGGUUUUAGGGCUUAGAACACAGAAGUGGAAGGUGGACAGGACCAGAGACGCUGAGAGAGGACGCAGGCAGGGUGUGGAAGGGGCUCCGUGGGGCACCGCGGCCCGCUCACCGCGCUCCCGGGAAAGCGUUCCGCCUCCUCGGCCUCGAGCGGGCCUCGCGCGGGCACGUGUGCGGCGAGAGUGGGUGCCCGGCGCCCAGAGCCCUGUCUCCUCGCGACCUUCGGGAAGUAAAGGGAACCAGCAGUUUAAAGGCCACCGGGACACGGAGGGCGAAGGACUCGGCGUCUCUGCCCUGGACGCGGGCAGCGGCGGCUUGCCGCGCCUCCGGGAACCCAGAAUCGCCGAGAAGCCCGCGGGCGCCCGGGGGGCGGGGGCGUGGUACCCGGAUGGCCCCGCCCCGCCGCCCGCCCCCGCGCGCGUCCCGGGCGCCGCGUGCGAACGCCGGGGCUCCGUGUGCUUCGUGGACUCGGGAGCCCGGGGCGAGGGGCGCGGGGCGGGCUUUGGUCGCCCCCCUCGGUCCCGCCACCUCUCCAAUUCAGUUCCCCGUUCGCGCGCAGUCCGAGGCGCUCUCUUCCUUUUUCUACCUCUUUUAAUGUUAAUUCCUCGGCCCGACUGCAUCCCUCUCGCCUCCUCCCCCUUCCUGGCGAGCCCGUCCCUCCUUUUCGGCCCUCUUCGCGGUCCCUCCUGGGAUUCCAGUUAUCCUUUUGCUGCUUCAUCUUCCCUCCGCCUCUGCUUUUUCCGCCACCUCCCACCCGAAAAACUUGUUCCGGCCAGGGGUCCCCCUCCGGGCACAGUUGUCCCCCCUUUCUCCCUAGGGACGGCAGAGUGUGCGGGCCCCAGCAUUGUUCCCCGAAGCAAGAGCGCCCCGCCCAGUCCCUGGCGUGAUUCCGAAGCCCGGGCCCGGCCAGCGUUUUCUCCUGGCGACUCCGCAAGGAGAUGGGUGGCGAGAGGGAGACCUGGGAGAGAAGGAGACGUGGCUCUUCCCAAGUCCAGAGUCUCCCUCCUCCAGGUUUCACCAUCCGCACCCUUAGCAGAGUUUGCUAGGGAUGGAGAGAGGGGGCAGGGCAGAAGCCGCCGACGUGGAGGGAUCUUUGGAACGUGGGGUGGUGGAGUGAGGGGGAACAGUUCCCGAUUGCCUCCCCCACUUGGGCGAUGCUUUCCCCCCUACCCACCUCUCAAGCCUCCUGGGCCACGGCCCAGCCUGACCAGCUGGAGCGGAUUUGGGCGAAGGAGGAAAGAGGGGCCCUGGAGCCCUCCCCAGCUUUCCUCUGCCGCCCUCCCUGAUUGGCUGUGCGUCCCUGGAGCCCAACUUCAGUCGCUCCAGACUCCAUCUGAGACUCAAGGGAUCCGGAGUGCGGCGACCCAGAGAGGGGUAGCGGGGUGGCCACAAAUCCCGGGGCUGACAUCCCGGGGCUCCCUGGGGGGAGGGACGCGGACGGGCCGGCCCCCGCAGCCUCCGCGAGGCCCGGCUAGCCGCGUCUUGCGGCCUCGGCUCCUCUCCGCCCCCCCGCCCUUUCCUUCCCUCCCAGCGGCGGCCUCCCUCCUUCUCCGCCCCCCCACCCCGCCCGCCACCUCCCCCCGGUUUCUCAUUCCUGCCACUAGCGCGCUCGGCGGCUCAUUGCGCGGCCGCCGCCAGCCGAGGGGAGCGUCGCGAACGGAUGCCGCGGGGGCCGCUCGCAGCCGCCGCCGACUUGUGAAUGGGACCCGGACAGGGGCCGGGGCUGACACCGCUGCGCUCGCCCUGCGCCAGGGACCGACGGCCCGCAUCCCGCGCCCACCCUCCGGGGCCCCAGAAAUUGCUGUAUAUUCGGCUCAGAGGUCUCCUGAGGAUCCUUCUCGUUGCCAUUUGUUGAAUGACCAAUCAGAUGGGUGGAGUUUUGUGUUACAGAAACUGGCAGCAAGUAUCCAAUGGGUGAAGAAGAGGCCGACCGGGGACGUGGGCAGCCCUGACGUGAUGUGCUCGGCGGGGAGAGACCUUCCAGCCGGAGCGAGGUCUGCGUGACGCGUCUGGGGAGGCCGCCAUCCGCCAGGCAGCCGCACGGUCGGCGGACG